UGCAAUUGGUGAUGAAACCCCUGAAACAACAGAAAUGUCAGCAACAGAGGCUACAACACCUGAAGAAUUACUGCAAAGAAACGAGCAUGAUGUUUCUCUGCCUUUACCACAUGACAGCUCUAGUUUUACAGUGUCUACACCUGCUUAUUCUCCUGAGGUCCAGAACCCAACAGCAACAAGCCAUCUUGAGAUUAGCUUGAACUGUUUAAUUCCUGAAAGUGAAAACCUUCACGAAAAUCAAGAUGAGCAAGAUUUUAAAGUGGUUUCAGAUAAACCAUUGGACUCUGGGAUGGAAGAAGUGGAUGAAUCUGAAACUGCUCUGCGUGAAGAGGUCAAAGAUGCCAAUCACUCAGAUGAAACUGUCAGGAAAAUGUAUGAAGACGAGGUUGAAAGAACAGAAAUUCAAGAAGUGCUGCAGAAUGAUUUCUCAUCUGAAAAUGUGAUUGAUGAUGCCACAGAAAACUCUUCCUUUACUUCUGGAGACUUAGGCCAAACUGAAAAUAGCAACACUUACCAGUUUCAAGUGAUGGUGCAGAGUCCUGAUGAAUCUGUAACCAAAGUGGAAGUUUCAACUCCUGAUGACAAACAACCUGAACAGCACUUUGUGACUCAGGAAAACGAGGAAGGUGACAUUUCAGACAGUAAAGGUGGUGGAGUCUCUCCACAAUCUCCAACCUCAUUAGGAACUCCACCUUUUGAGUCCCAACUUCAGGACAAUACUGUGAGCACAGAUAAGCAAACCCAUGCUGUCACCGAAUCCAGGGGAAAUAGAAGAAAAAUGGGAUCCACUCGUAGAAAUAAAGGAAGACAGCAUGAUAAGGAAUUUAAAGAUGAAGAUGUAAUUGGUGAUGAAACCCCUGAAACAACACAAAUGUCAGCAACAGAGGCUACAAGACCUGAAGAAUUACUGCAAGGAAAUGAGCAUGACGUUUCUCUGUCUUUGCCACAAGACACCUCCAUGUUUAAAGUGUCUACACCUGCUUAUUCUCCUGACAUCCAGAGCCCACCUGCAAAGAGCUAUUCUGAGAUUAGCCUGGACAGUUUAAUUUCUGAAAGCGAAAACCUUAAGGAAGAUAAAAAUCAGACAACCUUUAAUGUGAUUUCAGAUAAACCAUUGGAUUCUGUGAUGGAAGAAGUGGUUAAAUCUGAAACUGCUCUGACUGAAGAAGUCAAAGAUCCUCAUCACCCUGAUGGCAACCAAGCUAAGCAGCACUUUGUGACUGAGGAAAUUAAGGGAGGUGAUGUUCCAGAUACUAAAGACAGUGGAGUCCCUCUGCAAACUCAACUCUUAUUAGCAACUGCACCUUUUGAGUCCCAACUUCAGGACAAUACUCUGAGCACAGAUAAGCAAUCCCAUGCAGUCACUGAAUCCAGGGGAAAUAGAAGAAAAAUGGGAUCCACUCGUAGAAUAAAAGGAAGACAGCGUGACAAGGAAGUUAAAGAUGAAGAUGCAAUUGGUGAUGAAACCCCUGAAACAACAGAAAUGUCAGCAACAGAGGCUACAACACCUGAAGAAUUACUGCAAAGAAACGAGCAUGAUGUUUCUCUGCCUUUACCACAUGACAGCUCCAGUUUUACAGUGUCUAUACCUGCUUAUUCUCCUGAGGUCCAGAACCCAACAGCAACAAGCCAUCUUGAGAUUAGCUUGAACUGUUUAAUUCCUGAAAGUGAAAACCUUCACGAAAAUCAAGAUGAGCAAGAUUUUAAAGUGGUUUCAGAUAAACCAUUGGACUCUGGGAUGGAAGAAGUGGAUGAAUCUGAAACUGCUCUGCGUGAAGAGGUCAAAGAUGCCAAUCACUCAGAUGAAACUGUCAGGAAAAUGUAUGAAGACGAGGUUGAAAGAACAGAAAUUCAAGAAGUGCUGCAGAAUGAUUUCUCAUCUGAAAAUGUGAUUGAUGAUGCCACAGAAAACUCUUCCUUUACUUCUGGAGACUUAGGCCAAACUGAAAAUAGCAACACUUACCAGUUUCAAGUGAUGGUGCAGAGUCCUGAUGAAUCUGUAACCAAAGUGGAAGUUUCAACUCCUGAUGACAAACAACCUGAACAGCACUUUGUGACUCAGGAAAACGAGGAAGGUGACAUUUCAGACAGUAAAGGUGGUGGAGUCUCUCCACAAUCUCCAACCUCAUUAGGAACUCCACCUUUUGAGUCCCAACUUCAGGACAAUACUGUGAGCACAGAUAAGCAAACCCAUGCUGUCACCGAAUCCAGGGGAAAUAGAAGAAAAAUGGGAUCCACUCGUAGAAAUAAAGGAAGACAGCAUGAUAAGGAAUUUAAAGAUGAAGAUGUAAUUGGUGAUGAAACCCCUGAAACAACACAAAUGUCAGCAACAGAGGCUACAAGACCUGAAGAAUUACUGCAAGGAAAUGAGCAUGACGUUUCUCUGUCUUUGCCACAAGACACCUCCAUGUUUAAAGUGUCUACACCUGCUUAUUCUCCUGACAUCCAGAGCCCACCUGCAAAGAGCUAUUCUGAGAUUAGCCUGGACAGUUUAAUUUCUGAAAGCGAAAACCUUAAGGAAGAUAAAAAUCAGACAACCUUUAAUGUGAUUUCAGAUAAACCAUUGGAUUCUGUGAUGGAAGAAGUGGUUAAAUCUGAAACUGCUCUGACUGAAGAAGUCAAAGAUCCUCAUCACCCUGAUGGCAACCAAGCUAAGCAGCACUUUGUGACUGAGGAAAUUAAGGGAGGUGAUGUUCCAGAUACUAAAGACAGUGGAGUCCCUCUGCAAACUCAACUCUUAUUAGCAACUGCACCUUUUGAGUCCCAACUUCAGGACAAUACUCUGAGCACAGAUAAGCAAUCCCAUGCAGUCACUGAAUCCAGGGGAAAUAGAAGAAAAAUGGGAUCCACUCGUAGAAUAAAAGGAAGACAGCGUGACAAGGAAGUUAAAGAUGAAGAUGCAAUUGGUGAUGAAACCCCUGAAACAACAGAAAUGUCAGCAACAGAGGCUACAACACCUGAAGAAUUACUGCAAAGAAACGAGCAUGAUGUUUCUCUGCCUUUACCACAUGACAGCUCCAGUUUUACAGUGUCUAUACCUGCUUAUUCUCCUGAGGUCCAGAACCCAACAGCAACAAGCCAUCUUGAGAUUAGCUUGAACUGUUUAAUUCCUGAAAGUGAAAACCUUCACGAAAAUCAAGAUGAGCAAGAUUUUAAAGUGGUUUCAGAUAAACCAUUGGACUCUGGGAUGGAAGAAGUGGAUGAAUCUGAAACUGCUCUGCGUGAAGAGGUCAAAGAUGCCAAUCACUCAGAUGAAACUGUCAGGAAAAUGUAUGAAGACGAGGUUGAAAGAACAGAAAUUCAAGAAGUGCUGCAGAAUGAUUUCUCAUCUGAAAAUGUGAUUGAUGAUGCCACAGAAAACUCUUCCUUUACUUCUGGAGACUUAGGCCAAACUGAAAAUAGCAACACUUACCAGUUUCAAGUGAUGGUGCAGAGUCCUGAUGAAUCUGUAACCAAAGUGGAAGUUUCAACUCCUGAUGACAAACAACCUGAACAGCACUUUGUGACUCAGGAAAACGAGGAAGGUGACAUUUCAGACAGUAAAGGUGGUGGAGUCUCUCCACAAUCUCCAACCUCAUUAGGAACUCCACCUUUUGAGUCCCAACUUCAGGACAAUACUGUGAGCACAGAUAAGCAAACCCAUGCUGUCACCGAAUCCAGGGGAAAUAGAAGAAAAAUGGGAUCCACUCGUAGAAAUAAAGGAAGACAGCAUGAUAAGGAAUUUAAAGAUGAAGAUGUAAUUGGUGAUGAAACCCCUGAAACAACACAAAUGUCAGCAACAGAGGCUACAAGACCUGAAGAAUUACUGCAAGGAAAUGAGCAUGACGUUUCUCUGUCUUUGCCACAAGACACCUCCAUGUUUAAAGUGUCUACACCUGCUUAUUCUCCUGACAUCCAGAGCCCACCUGCAAAGAGCUAUUCUGAGAUUAGCCUGGACAGUUUAAUUUCUGAAAGCGAAAACCUUAAGGAAGAUAAAAAUCAGACAACCUUUAAUGUGAUUUCAGAUAAACCACUGGAUUCUGUGAUGGAAGAAGUGGUUAAAUCUGAAACUGCUCUGACUGAAGAAGUCAAAGAUCCUCAUCACCCUGAUGGCAACCAAGCUAAGCAGCACUUUGUGACUGAGGAAAUUAAGGGAGGUGAUGUUCCAGAUACUAAAGACAGUGGAGUCCCUCUGCAAACUCAACUCUUAUUAGCAACUGCACCUUUUGAGUCCCAACUUCAGGACAAUACUCUGAGCACAGAUAAGCAAUCCCAUGCAGUCACUGAAUCCAGGGGAAAUAGAAGAAAAAUGGGAUCCACUCGUAGAAUAAAAGGAAGACAGCGUGACAAGGAAUUUAAAGAUGAAGAUGCAAUUGGUGAUGAAACCCCUGAAACAACAGAAAUGUCAGCAACAGAGGCUACAACACCUGAAGAAUUACUGCAAAGAAACGAGCAUGAUGUUUCUCUGCCUUUACCACAUGACAGCUCCAGUUUUACAGUGUCUAUACCUGCUUAUUCUCCUGAGGUCCAGAACCCAACAGCAACAAGCCAUCUUGAGAUUAGCUUGAACUGUUUAAUUCCUGAAAGGGAAAACCUUCACGAAAAUCAAGAUGAGCAAGAUUUUAAAGUGGUUUCAGAUAAACCAUUGGACUCUGGGAUGGAAGAAGUGGAUGAAUCUGAAACUGCUCUGCGUGAAGAGGUCAAAGAUGCCAAUCACUCAGAUGAAACUGUCAGGAAAAUGUAUGAAGAUGAGGUUGAAAGAACAGAAAUUCAAGAAGUGCUGCAGAAUGAUUUCUCAUCUGAAAAUGUGAUUGAUGAUGCCACAGAAAACUCUUCCUUUACUUCUGGAGACUUAGGCCAAACUGAAAAUAGCAACACUUACCAGUUUCAAGUGAUGGUGCAGAGUCCUGAUGAAUCUGUAACCAAAGUGGAAGUUUCUAUGCCUGAUGACAAACAACCUGAACAGCACUUUGUGACUCAGGAAAACGAGGAAGGUGACAUUUCAGACAGCAAAGGUGGUGGAGUCUCUCCACAAUCUCCAACCUCAUUAGGAACUCCACCUUUUGAGUCCCAACUUCAGGACAAUACUGUGAGCACAGAUAAGCAAACCCAUGCUGUCACCGAAUCCAGGGGAAAUAGAAGAAAAAUGGGAUCCACUCGUAGAAAUAAAGGAAGACAGCAUGAUAAGGAAUUUAAAGAUGAAGAUGUAAUUGGUGAUGAAACCCCUGAAACAACACAAAUGUCAGCAACAGAGGCUACAAGACCUGAAGAAUUACUGCAAGGAAAUGAGCAUGACGUUUUUCUGUCUUUGCCACAAGACACCUCCAUGUUUAAAGUGUCUACACCUGCUUAUUCUCCUGACAUCCAGAGCCCACCUGCAACGAGCUAUUCUGAGAUUAGCCUGGACAGUUUAAUUUCUGAAAGUGAAAACCUUAAGGAAGAUAAAAAUCAGACAACCUUUAAUGUGAUUUCAGAUAAACCACUGGAAUCUGUGAUGGAAGAAGUGAUUAAAUCUGAAACUGCUCUGACUGAAGAAGUCAAAGAUCCUCAUCACCCUGAUGGCAACCAAGCUAAGCAGCACUUUGUGACUGAGGAAAUUAAGGGAGGUGAUGUUCCAGAUACUAAAGACAGUGGAGUCCCUCUGCAAACUCAACUCUUAUUAGCAACUGCACCUUUUGAGUCCCAACUUCAGGACAAUACUCUGAGCACAGAUAAGCAAUCCCAUGCAGUCACUGAAUCCAGGGGAAAUAGAAGAAAAAUGGGAUCCACUCGUAGAAUAAAAGGAAGACAGCGUGACAAGGAAUUUAAAGAUGAAGAUGCAAUUGGUGAUGAAACCCCUGAAACAACAGAAAUGUCAGCAACAGAGGCUACAACACCUGAAGAAUUACUGCAAAGAAACGAGCAUGAUGUUUCUCUGCCUUUACCACAUGACAGCUCCAGUUUUACAGUGUCUAUACCUGCUUAUUCUCCUGAGGUCCAGAACCCAACAGCAACAAGCCAUCUUGAGAUUAGCUUGAACUGUUUAAUUCCUGAAAGGGAAAACCUUCACGAAAAUCAAGAUGAGCAAGAUUUUAAAGUGGUUUCAGAUAAACCAUUGGACUCUGGGAUGGAAGAAGUGGAUGAAUCUGAAACUGCUCUGCGUGAAGAGGUCAAAGAUGCCAAUCACUCAGAUGAAACUGUCAGGAAAAUGUAUGAAGAUGAGGUUGAAAGAACAGAAAUUCAAGAAGUGCUGCAGAAUGAUUUCUCAUCUGAAAAUGUGAUUGAUGAUGCCACAGAAAACUCUUCCUUUACUUCUGGAGACUUAGGCCAAACUGAAAAUAGCAACACUUACCAGUUUCAAGUGAUGGUGCAGAGUCCUGAUGAAUCUGUAACCAAAGUGGAAGUUUCUAUGCCUGAUGACAAACAACCUGAACAGCACUUUGUGACUCAGGAAAACGAGGAAGGUGACAUUUCAGACAGCAAAGGUGGUGGAGUCUCUCCACAAUCUCCAACCUCAUUAGGAACUCCACCUUUUGAGUCCCAACUUCAGGACAAUACUGUGAGCACAGAUAAGCAAACCCAUGCUGUCACCGAAUCCAGGGGAAAUAGAAGAAAAAUGGGAUCCACUCGUAGAAAUAAAGGAAGACAGCAUGAUAAGGAAUUUAAAGAUGAAGAUGUAAUUGGUGAUGAAACCCCUGAAACAACACAAAUGUCAGCAACAGAGGCUACAAGACCUGAAGAAUUACUGCAAGGAAAUGAGCAUGACGUUUCUCUGUCUUUGCCACAAGACACCUCCAUGUUUAAAGUGUCUACACCUGCUUAUUCUCCUGACAUCCAGAGCCCACCUGCAACGAGCUAUUCUGAGAUUAGCCUGGACAGUUUAAUUUCUGAAAGUGAAAACCUUAAGGAAGAUAAAAAUCAGACAACCUUUAAUGUGAUUUCAGAUAAACCACUGGAAUCUGUGAUGGAAGAAGUGAUUAAAUCUGAAACUGCUCUGACUGAAGAAGUCAAAGAUCCUCAUCACCCUGAUGGCAACCAAGCUAAGCAGCACUUUGUGACUCAGGAAGUCAAGGGAGGUGAUGUUCCAGAUACUAAAGACAGUGGAGUCCCUCUGCAAACUCAACUCUCAUUAGCAACUGCACCUUUUGAGUCCCAACUUCAGGACAAUACUCUGAGCACAGAUAAGCAAUCCCAUGCAGUCACUGAAUCCAGGGGAAAUAGAAGAAAAAUGGGAUCCACUCGUAGAAUAAAAGGAAGACAGCGUGACAAGGAAUUUAAAGAUGAAGAUGCAAUUGGUGAUGAAACCCCUGAAACAACAGAAAUGUCAGCAACAGAGGCUACAACACCUGAAGAAUUACUGCAAAGAAACGAGCAUGAUGUUUCUCUGCCUUUACCACAUGACAGCUCCAGUUUUACAGUGUCUAUACCUGCUUAUUCUCCUGAGGUCCAGAACCCAACAGCAACAAGCCAUCUUGAGAUUAGCUUGAACUGUUUAAUUCCUGAAAGUGAAAACCUUCACGAAAAUCAAGAUGAGCAAGAUUUUAAAGUGGUUUCAGAUAAACCAUUGGACUCUGGGAUGGAAGAAGUGGAUGAAUCUGAAACUGCUCUGACUGAAGAAGUCAAAGAUCCUCAUCACCCUGAUGGCAACCAAGCUAAGCAGCACUUUGUGACUCAGGAAAUCAAGGGAGGUGAUGUUCCAGAUACUAAAGACAGUGGAGUCCCUCUACAAACUCAACUCUUAUUAGCAACUGCACCUUUUGAGUCCCAACUUCAGGACAAUACUCUGAGCACAGAUAAGCAAUCCCAUGCGGUCACCGAAUCCAGGGGAAAUAGAAGAAAAAUGGGAUCCACUCGUAGAAUAAAAGGAAGACAGCGUGACAAGGAAUUUAAAGAUGAAGAUGCAAUUGGUGAUGAAACCCCUGAAACAACAGAAAUGUCAGCAACAGAGGCUACAACACCUGAAGAAUUACUGCAAGAAAACAAGCAUGAUCUUUCUCUGUCUGUGCCAUAUCGUGAAAAUUCCCUUAAAAAUCAAAAUGAUGGAGAUCCUAAAGUGAUUUAUGAUAAACCAGUGCAGGCUGGGAUGGAAGAAGUCAAAAAAGAUCAGCACAUAAAACUUUUAGGGCAGGAUGGAAGUUUAGCCAGCAAUAUUUUGUUAAGUGGAACAACAGAAUGUACCAUUACAGUUGAGAAAACAACUGACCAAUCUAGCCCAAGAGAAAGCACUGAAGUUCAAUGCAGUGUUGCACAAGAAACAUUUUUAGCAUCUCAAAAUGUCUUGACUAGAAAUAGGGAACAACAUGAGCAUUGCAACCCAACUGAGGUCACCAAAGCUAACCAGUCAGAGAGUUCAUCAAUGCAUCAGACUGACUACAGCUCAAGUACAGAGAGUCACCAAACACCCUUAUCUGAAACAAAUAUCUCUUUGGAUAAUUCUCAGGACAUUACAGAAAUUCACACAGGCCUCAGCCGUACAGGGAAUAGAAAGAAAAUGGGUUCAAGCCGAAGAAAUAAAGGAAGACAGUGUGUCAAGGACCCUGAUGCAUACCAGGAACCUAAAGAUGACAUUUUAGAAAAACCCACAAGUAAUGACAAACUCAGAACAGUUGAAAUGUCACCAGCAACAGAUAUAACAAAGGAGGAAGAAGAAAAAGACCUCAUAUCCAUGGACAAAGAAGUGCAGAUUACCUCAACAGCAAAAGAAGGCAAAAAUAAAGAAAAGUUGUUGGAGGAAGAUGCAUUUUUCUCACAGAAUAAUAUGGAUAGCAAUACAGAUGGACUUCUCAAAUCUAACAAAGAUUUCAAUGAGGAAAAUAAAGUUGUUCAAGAUGCUAUGAAUUUAGAUCAGCUUACAGGAUGUGACACAAUUACAAAGCACCUGAUGCAAUCACCACAAGCCUCAGUUUGUGAAGUUCCCUCAGACAUGCAGCAUAUCUCGUAUCAUGCUGGCAUCGAAGGCUCUAGCUCUCUGAAGGUGCUUGAUAAAGAAGAAGCGUUGGAGGCAAUGGAUGCAAGCAACGGCCAGCAAGAACAAACUCAAUCAGGUAACAGAAAUACUUUGCAAAUAAAUCCAAAACAGAAGAAGAGAAAGAUAGGUUCUACUCGCAGGAGUCAACUCAACAGAAAAAAAGAGGAAGAAACAGACAACACAGAUGAAACCAAAGAAAGUGACUUUCACACCGAAGCUGACGUGAGGAAUAUUGACAAGAUGGACGUGGGAGAGUUACUGUUAACUACAGAUAUACCACAAAAUGAAACUGCACAACCGUUAUUCUCUGCUGUUCAUAAACAACAGGAAGCUGAUGAAACCUUUUCUGUACCAAGCAGUACAGAGAUCAAUGUGAUACCAGUAGUAGAAGAUUUUAAGGCCCCUCUUCCUGAACAGUCUUCCUCUCUCCGUGAAGAAACUAUCGGUCUGGUUACAUGCGUUAUCACAGGUGGUGUAAGAGAAGUUAUUGUGGAGCCGCCACAGCUAGACAAUUUUACAAACACUGAGACUCAAAUAACCACUGUGGUCACGGGUAGAAGCAGACGCUCCAUAAAUCAGUUGCUGCCCCCAAAUACCGAGGCUGCCACAGACACUGGCAUAGCAGAAGAGAGCUUAGUGUCUUCUGGUGAGGCCAGGCAAAAUACACAUAGCGAUGAGGAAAGGCCAGAGAGCAUAAAAGUAGUACAAGAUCAAGAUGCUAGUGAGAAAAAUCCAAGCAACUUGAAUGAAUUAGCUCAUAAUAAAACUCAAGAGAUGAGGAGUGAAAGUCCAAAUUUACAUUUGAGCAACCGGAGAAGAAAGAUGGGCUCCACCCGCAGGAAUCUUGGAUCCAGAAACAAAGAAGAGCUGCAUCAAAAACAGGAGGUAGAUAACGAAGCGAAGGAGACUGGAACAGACAUCGGGGAAACUGAAAGUGUCUCCAGAAUCAAAGAAGAAGCACUUCAGCUUCACACAGAUCACAAAAACAAUGAUGGCGACCAAGGAAAACAGAAAGUAUUUGAAACAGUGGAAAUCAGCCCUCCGGGUCAGUCUAAAUUCAAACCUCUGCCUGAGCAAACAGUUGAAGAGAGGCCUGCUUCCCAAGACCAGCUAGCAGAAACAGAGCAUCACACUGCAAAUGAUCUCCUGUCUACAUCCUUAAAAGAUGAUUUGGUGUCAGAAUCAGCAUCUGGAGGGAGGAGAAGAAAAUUGGGAUCUAACCGAAAGUCCCGUGGACAUCAGCGUAUAGAAGACCAAACAGGAGAGGGCACAAUAAUAGAUGAUCAAAGUGGGACAGAUGCCAGAAUUUCAGAGGUUGGAAAACGUGAUAAGAAACCAUCAUCAGGCCCCUCAAAGAGUGAAGAGCACUCAAAGACUGUGAGUGAGAAGACUUCAGCCCAACCUUGUAAUGCUGGAAUCUUUCCUAGUAAAGAGAAUCAAACAUUUUCUCUGGUUGAUAAUCCGGGAGUGGUAGACUCCAAAUCAAAGCGCUACAAUGUGGUGAUGAUUGGAGACAGCAGUGUGGGAAAGACCUCCUUCAUGAAAAGAGCUCAAAGUGGGAAGUUUUCUUUAGAUAUACCUGCCUCAAUCGGCCUGGAUUCGCUGAUGUGGCCUGUUGUAGUAGAUGGAAAGCCUAUGAUACUACAGCUAUGGGACACAGCAGGUCAAGAAAGGUUUCACAGUAUCACUAAACAGGUCUUCCACAGAGCCCAGGCCUUUCUCUUGAUGUAUGACAUCACCUCCACCAAUAGUUUUUCCGCAGUCAGUUACUGGGCAAACUGUAUUCAGGAGUCUGCUGCUGAAAAUGUGACUGUUUUGCUUCUUGGAAACAAGAGCGACUGUUCUGAACGACGGGUUAAAACUCAUCAGGGGGAAAUUCUUGCUAAGGAAUAUGACUUCGAGUUUAUGGAGUGCAGUGCUGCCACAGGUGAAAACGUGAUCCAGUCUUUGGAAGUUGUAGCCAGGAAGCUGAGUCAAAGAAUUGACUCAAGAGAAGAAGCCACAGUGUUGCACAAAGAGCCAGAACAGAAAAAAAGCUCAAGAUGUUGCUGAACAAAUGUGUUUGUCUUUAAAAAAAAAGAAAAGAAAAAAAAACAAGACAAGUGGUGAAAUCCUGAAAACAAGAACACGCUGUACUCAUCUGGCUUUCUUGUAACUCAGUGCAUUAUAUUAUAUUACUUGUAUUACAUGUCUGCAUAUUUUCAGUGUCGUUAUAUUUAGAUAUACAAUUAUUUCUUCAAAGGCCUUAUAUUAGAAUAGUAGUUUAUAGUUAGUAGUGACCAAAGUUAUAUAGUUAAAAAAGUGAAGGCUUUUUCAGUGUUUGCUUAAUAACUACCCAAUAAUUUAAUGCAUAUACAAGCUUACUGUAUUUAAUUAUAUUUGCACCGUGUGUGUUUUAUCUUGCAAUAUGACAAUUUUUGUGCAAUAUUGUGCAACUUCAAAUAAUUUCAAAUCACAUGAUUGACAUUUUUCCAGAUGAAGCUGUAACAACUAAAAUCACAAGUUUAAGCUUUUAGUUACAAUUUCACAAAGUUCAUCUCUGUUGUUGUACAUCUACUAAAUGUUUAGUCUACACCCUCUUCACUUUAUGGAUUUACUAUACUGAAAUUUAAUGUAAAUGUGUAUAUAGUAUGAUUAAUUUAAACAGGAGAAUACCCCAUUCAGAUAUUUCCAGAGAUCAAGAGAACAUGUGACCUAGAGCAAAUCUAGUACAGUGGUAAAUAAUUAUUAUAUUAAAUAUAUAUUAAACAUAAUUAUACUUGCUUUUUUGUGAUUUUGUUUAGCCUUUCUUCUAAGUUGGCAUUCAUCUUAAUUCAGUCAUCACAACUGUCAGGUCUGACACAUAAUUAUGAAUAAACAUUACUCCCCUAUAAUUAUAGUGCCAGUGACAUGAUCAACAGUUAUAUAUGUAAAUGUAUUUUUAUGUUCCCGUGCAUAUCCUUUGUGACCAAGUAGCUUUAAACCAAUUGUUUUAAUGGCGUGUCUCAUGAUUAAUAAAU